AUGAUAUUUCAACCUGCAAUAGAAUUCAAGGCACAAACCGUGCGGCUAGAAAGACAAUACAGAAACAUAUACCUCUACAGUAAAGGGGAGCAGGUUACAACUACUGAUACAUCGGUACCAGGUAAAGAAUUUCACUUCACGAACGAGACUCUAGUUGGGACACAAAAAAAUAAAGAGAUUUCCCAGAAAGAUCCUAUCAUUCUGUUUAGUGAGGAUAAGGAGCUUACGACUAAGGAAGACGAUAAGGAUGAGGUUAAUGCAGAUAGAAUGUUAAGAAAGGCUGGGCUUUUGAACUCUGGAAGCACUGCUAGGAUUGUGCCAAGCUCACCACCUUGUAGCACAUACCUUGCUUCCUCCCCCCCACCCCCACCCCCACCCCCAAUCUAUGCUCCGUUACCGAAUCCAUGGGGAAAACACGAAUGCGUUUUAUUACAGUUACAACUACUAGGCUGUCUUGCCGGAGUGGAGAUGGUACUUAAGGAUGUUGGUUACCCCGUGAAGCUUGGUAGUGGCGUUGCAGCUGCUUCUGCCUACUUCUCCAAUGCGACCCCCUUAAUUCCUUCAAGGGUUUGA